CCACGUUUUGGUUUGAACAUAGGAAUGGUGAUCCGAGGAGAGCUCAAGUACAUCGGAAGUGGCGCAUUUGCAUGAUAAUUUUACUUGUAGCAUAAGGAGAGAGAAAGAGAUUGGGAUUGUCCUCAGAGCAAGUUGAAACAAAAUUAAGAACUGACAUGGGUUUCUUUGGCACCAUAUUUGGUUUUUUUGGCUUUGGAAUUGGGAUUUCUAUUGGUUUCGUUAUUGGCUAUUUUCUCUUUAUAUAUGUUCAACCCACUGAUGUUAAGGAUCCUGAAAUUCAACCAUUGGCGGAGGAAGACUCGGAAACUUUACAGAGAAUGAUUCCUGAGAUACCACUUUGGAUAAAAAAUCCAGACUUUGAUCGGGUUGAUUGGCUUAACAAGCUUAUCGAAUAUAUGUGGCCAUACCUUGAUAAGGCAAUAUGCAAAACUGCAAAGAAUAUUGCAAAACCAAUAAUUGACGAGCAAAUACCGAAAUAUAAGAUUGAUUCUGUUGAGUUUGAAGAGUUCACACUAGGAUCUUUGCCGCCAACUUUUCAAGGAAUGAAAGUUUAUGAGACUGAUGAAAAAGAGUUAAUUAUGGAGCCUUCUAUAAAAUGGGCGGGAAAUCCUAAUGUUAUUGUUGCUGUUAAGAAAUUUGGGCUGAAAGCAAUCAUUCAGGUGAUGGAUUUGCAAGCUUUUCUUGCACCUCGUAUUACUUUGAAACCUUUGGUUCCAAGUUUUCCAUGUUUUGCAAAUAUCUAUGUGUCUCUCAUGGAAAAGCCACAUGUUGACUUUGGACUAAAGCUUGUAGGGGUUGAUCUUAUGUCUAUUCCUGGCUUCUACAAGUUUGUUCAGGAGUUUAUUAAAGAUCAAGUUGCAAAUAUGUAUUUAUGGCCUAAAACCUUGGAAGUUCAAGUUAUAGACCCAACAAAAGCCUUGAAGAGGCCGGUUGGAAUUUUAAAUGCAAAGAUUUUAAAAGCGAUGAAGUUAAAGAAGAAAGAUCUUCUUGGUGCAUCUGACCCUUAUGUGAAGCUAAACUUGACCGAGGAUAAGUUGACGUCAAAAAAGACUACUGUGAAGCAUAAAAACUUGAAUCCUGAAUGGAAUGAGGAGUUUAGUUUGGUUGUUAAAGAUCCUGAGUCUCAAGCUUUAGAGCUUUAUGUCUAUGAUUGGGAGCAGGUUGGGAAGCAUGACAAGAUGGGUAUGAAUAUGGUUCCUUUGAAAGAACUUUUGCCUGAAGAGCCUAAAGUUUUUACUCUUGACCUCCUAAAAAACAUGGAUCCUAAUGAUGCCCAAAAUGAGAAGUCUCGUGGACAAAUUGUUUUGGAAUUGACGUAUAAACCUUUUAGAGAGGAAGACUUAGCAGGUUUUGAUGAAACACAACCAAUACAAAAAGCUCCUGAAGGCACUCCACCUGGUGGUGGUCUACUUGUAGUCAUAAUCCAUGAAGCUCAAGACAUAGAGGGAAAGUACCAUACUAAUCCACAUGUACGUCUUAUUUUUAGGGGAGAGGAAAAAAGGACUAAGGUCAUGAAGAAGAACAGAGAUCCAAGGUGGGAAGAAGAGUUCCAAUUUCUGGUGGAAGAGCCCCCCACUAAUGACAAAUUACAUGUAGAGGUUGUUAGCACUUCAUCACGAAACCUUCUACGUCAAAAGGAAUCAUUGGGCUAUGCUGACAUCAGUCUUGCAGAUGUUGUUGCCAACAAUAGAAUUAAUGAGAGACACCAUCUUAUUGACUCCAAGAAUGGUCGCAUUCAAAUAGAGCUACAAUGGAGAGCUUCAUAAGUUGGUUGAUACAAUUUUCCAUAGACUUGUUUUUCUUUCUUCUUCUUUUGAAAUAGAGUCUUGCGCAUGCAAAUAGGGAAUGGAGGGCAUUAAUAACAUUUCUCAAGGUA